AUGUUGCCGCAUGUUUUCGUGUCUGUGUGUAGGUGUGUGCAUAUCAGAGGCCGUAUCGGUGGGGUAGAAACCAUCUGGCCGGCGUUAUAUCACAGGCAAGACCCAAUUUGUACCGGCCGUCCGGCCGACCUGCCGACUCAUACCGUCACCACAGCGGCCGGCACUGAUUGCAAACCGUGUCAGUAUGACUCAGUCUUGGAAUUGGCCGUAGAUACAGCUAGGCUUUGGCGAGCUUGCAAUGGGGUUAUUGCAUUUGGACCGCUAUUGCCGAACUGGUACACAAAGGCGUGGAGCGGAUGGAAAGGAGAAGGUGGACAAGACAGAGACUCCGGACAGACAAUGUGA